AUGCUCUUUGGCCUGGCCGCGCUGGGAGUGGUGGGAUGCAGCGUGGAUGUCGCCCUUCUAAUCCAGGAGGGCAUCUGCGUUACCCCCCUGCACUUCUUUGUCCUGUUCUUACAUCUUCUCUACAGCCUCGCUUUGCUGUACCUUGAUGGGCCGAUCAUUCGCAUCCAUUGGGGCCUCAUCUGCAGGAACGAGUUGAACCAAGAAUGGAAACAAGAUGAGUUCUGGGUAGCCCCCGGAGAAAGCCGCACGCCAGCAAAGGAACUCGACGUGGAAGAGUACAAUGCUUUGCUGGACAGCGACUCGCUGGUUUACGAUGCCAGCAGGAAUCAUUUCGACCAGGGCAUGGUUAGAAAUUGCUGGACAUUUUGGUUUACGGAACGAUCCGGUUCCCUGGGCGAGUGGUGA